UAUACUAAUGAACAAGUACGAACGUGAUAGUCGAUUACCUGACCAACCUCGUGUUUGGUACAUGCCCACUCGCAUCUCGCAAAAAACUCUCGGUUCGUUUAAUGUGAAGAGGAUUGCGAAAGACCGGGAGUGGUCAAAACUGUUUUACGAAGACAACUUGGAAAAAUGCGUCAAGAUGUUUGUGCCGGUGUUGACUCUAGAAGGUGCACCACAUUGGUUUGGUGCCGAAGUAAAUAUGAAGUCCAAGGUUGUCUCAUUUCUGGACUCCCUACACACCGCAAUGCAUGAGAAGUAUCGUGUGGAGGCUACGAAAGAAAUGGUAAACUUGCAAAGUUUCAUUGUUUGAUGUGAACUCAUUCUUCAUUGAAUCUAACUAAUUGUAUACGUUUGCAGUUGUCGACGUUGGACCUUUUGUUUGAGGAGAAUAGGUCGAAGAAUGUGACUUUCGUGGAUUUCAAAAUUGACAGGAAAGAUCGCGGGCUUUCUCAACAAGACAAUGACCGAGAUUGCGGUGUAUACGUCAUGAAGUACAUGGAGGCUGUGGCCAAUGAGGAAGAAGUAGUUGAUGAGGUAUACCACUGUUUAGUUAUUUCAGAAUGUACUACGCAAGUUUGAUUGAGAUUAACGUUGUGUAAUUUAAAUUUUAUUCGGUGUUUUACUGUCAAGUUGAUUAGAGUUAAUUACAUUUUCUAAGUUUUUGUUUUUGUUUCUGUAUUGUGGCACAGUUUCACCCGGUUGAGGCACGUUUGGAAAUCGCUGCGAGGAUCAUAACUGAUGAACAAAAUGAAAUUCGUACCAAAGUGGUUGAAGAUCGUAGGGCUGCACAAGGCAGCUCAUUUGCAUCAUCCUCGGCCCCUUUGCAUAGUCCGUCAAAGUCUCCACGCGAUCCUCGGUUCAGUACAGCGAAGUCUCGCAAUGCAAACAUGUUUCCCCCGUCAAGAGCCUCCCCUAGGUUUCAGUCUAGCAAGACUAAGAUUUCAUAUGGUGAAUAGUGUGUAAAAAACACUUGUGUUAUUAAUAGGUUGUGUUAUUAGUGUGUUGUGUAGUUUGGAUUUGGGAGCAUAGGUUGUGUUAUUUGUGUGUUGUUUAGUUUGGAUUUGGGAGCAUUUGGAUUUAGACAUCUGUUUUUAUUAGUUGACGUUUGGAACUGGUUAUUAUGUUCACAGACUUGUGUUUAUUUUAGUUUUGAGAAUAUAUUAAACCAUACUUAGCAAA